AUGAUUCAAUUAAAUAAGAUAAUUUUAGCCAAUAAUUCAAUGGGACUCAUCCUUUGUCAUGAUAGUCAUUCUAAAAAUAAGAAACUGUCUUUUGCUCAAGAACAUGGAGAAUAAUUAAAUAGAUAAAGCUAGAGAUAACAAUUAGACCUUCCAUAUAGACACUAUAUAAAUAAAAGUAACUACAUAGCAAGUGCUUUACCUCAUGCACCUUGCAAAUUUGAUGUCAAGAGAGGUGUAAAACUAAUGUAAGGAAUUGGUAAUAAUAUAUAUAAUACAUUAGGUCACAGCUCAAUAAUGUAGAGAAGAUUCUUAGAAAAAAUAAAUUUGAAUACCUCUUACUUUCACUCUAAAGCACUAAUAAUCGUAAAUCCAUAAUGA